AUGUCAGAAUCAUUGGCCGCAUUCAGGAACAAUGGAAGCAAUGAGCUUCGACUUUCAACACAAGCGCAGAUUGGCUCUCUGCUGGAGCUCAGUUUCGGUGUCUACUGGGCUUUUCGACUACGCACCAUGCGUCCCACAUACCCCAAGACUGUUAGAGCAAUAGAAAAACCAGCAGAGGUCAGAUUUGCAGAUGAUGGAACCCUUACGCCAUCAAAGUGGAGUGACACUGCUGCAUACUUCUUCUUCUCCAUCGGAGGAUUGUUCCUUGGGGGGGAAACAGGAUUCUUAAUCGGCACUACGAGUGGGUCCAGGACGAUCAUGCGAGACACGGAGUCCAGAGAGCGGAUCGAGAAAGCUUUCAAGAACUGCAGAAUUGAUGUGAUGAAGAAAGAAAUACAAGCGCUGGAGGGAAAGGGCACGCUGUCGAAUAUCUUCGGAUGGGUAAUAUCAAGUACAAUGCCUGGAUUUGGGAAGUGA